AUGAGUUUCCAUGCUGUCGUGAAGGCUGAGAGCCCAGAGGAAGAAGUUGAAUUGAUUGACCCACAAAACGUUCUCAAGGAGAAAUGCGAAGCUAAGUCCAGCUGCACGAGCCUCAAAGAACGCUUGGAAGAGUGCAACAGCCGUGUGAGGUCAAAAACCGCAACUACCGAAACUUGCUCUGAAGAAAUGAUGGAUUUCGUGCACUGCAUUGACCAUUGCGUAGCCGAAGAUUUAUUUCAGCAUCUGAAGUGA